UUUAUGCAGAGAUUCAGUUGGUGUUUGUUCCUCGUACUGAGAGCAUUAACUUUCUUCUCCUAAAAAGUCACGUUUGUCAUAACCUCCGUUCCCUUUGAACAUGGCCCGUUUCUCGGUCGUCUUCGGUCUGCUGGUGGCAGCUGCAACUUCUCUUGUGAUUGCAGAGGGCUACCAGACAUUGACUGCUUUCAGAGCUGCUGUUGGUCCUGAACAGUACGAGCUCGACAGCAGCGUGAAGAGCAGUCUCUUUACGAGCUGCAUCGCUGCAGCGAACACGGUCAACGCGGAAGUUUUCAAUGUGGCGAUUGACGAAACGCACGGGUACACUUACUUCUCCACGUCCGACAACAAGACGGUCUCCUGGACUAACGUGGCCAACGUGGGCAGCACUGUUCAAUGUGCUUUUGCGGCCGACAGUGCAGGUGCCACGAUGUUCCAGUAUUCGACCACAGGCUGCAAUAUCACCAUGGACGCCGCGUACGACGCUGCCACGGCAGUGUGCGAGAGCUCGGCCGUAGCCUCAGUCUACGUGUACUACGACUAAAAGAUGUUGCAUAGAAAAUUCUGUACAAGCUCCCGUAGGAAAAGCUAAUGCAGGAAAAUUUUCUCGCGUUAUCUACUUGUAUUUUCUACGUGUAUUUGUGUUAUCUACUUGUAUUUUUCAUUGCCAAAUAUAGAAUGAAAAUACA